GUAACGUCACGUCGGAAGCAGCCGAGCAACUUCCACGGUCUCCGUGAAGCAGCAGCUAAUGGCCGGUUCUCAGAACCCUGGAUCUCCGGUGCGGUUCAUCGGACCGCGGCCGGUCUGAGGAGAGGCCCACCGGGGGGGGGGAGCGGCCGGCGGCGGCCCCGCGACUCUCGGUUCACGGGAGGAGAAGAAGAAGAAGAAGAAGAAGCAGCAACAGGAGGUUGACGAGCCCCGGGUCAGAUCAACACCAGGCGGACCCGACGACGACAGGCGGCGGCGGGACGCUCCACUUCGUUCCAUCCUACAUGGAUGACCGGGGCCCCCCAGGACUGUAGCCGCCCCCCUGCCCCGUGAAGCCGCAUGGCGUCCGCCCAGGCCCGGGUGGGCCAGCAGGCCUUGGCGGUGCUGGACGUGGCUCUGCGAGUUCCCUGUAUCUUCAUCAUCGACGCCAUUUUUAACUCUUACUACGACGCGGGCUCGGGCUGGGCCGGGGCGGGCGGCGCGGUGCUGCUCAGGGGCGCGGGUGUCCUCGUGUCCGGCGUGGUGCUGCUGCUCUCCCAGAAGGCCCUGUUCAAGUUCUACACCCUCUUCUUCGCCGUCGUCCUCGGCGCGGCGGCGGCGCUCAUCAACUACCACGCCACCUCCCACAUAGACUUCUACAGCGCCUACUACAAGGCGGCGCUGGGCUUCAGGCUGCUGCCCAGGAACGGGCCGACGCUGUGGCUGGGCAUGGCGACCGUGCAGCUGGUGUUCGGCGUGGGCUACGUGUUCCUGCUCAACCUCCAGUCGGUGUUCGCCGCGCUGGUGGUGCUGGACAUCAUGAUCCCGCUGUGGGGGCUGAUGAUCGAGCUGCCGGCGGACGUCCGGCAGCUGGUGGCCGUGUUCUCUGGCGUGGCCCUGGCGCUCAACACGGCCGUGUGCCUCGCCGCGCGGCUGAAGUGGUUCUACUAUUCGUGCCGGUACGUCUACCUGCUCGUGCGGCACAUGUACAGGAUCUACGGACUCCAGCUGCUGCUGGAGGACACGUGGAAGAGGAUCCGGUUCCCCGACGUGCUGCGGGUGUUCUGGCUGACAAGGGUCACCGCGCAGGCGCUGAUCCUGGUCUACGUGGUGCGGGCGGUGAGACGGGAGAGCGGUGACGCCACAGGCGGCGCCUCAGACGGGGGCUCCGACUCACAGGGUUACAUGCUGAGCUGGGACGUGUUCUGGGAUCUGACGAGUAACCUGAUCAUCUCCGGCUGCGACUCCACGCUCACCGUGCUGGGGAUGAGCGCCGUCAUCUCCUCUGUCGCGCAUUACCUCGGCCUCAGCAUCCUGGCCUUCAUAGGUUCGACGGAGGAGGAGGACAAGCGUCUGGGCUUCGUGGCCCCCGUCCUGUUCUUCAUCCUGGCUCUGCAGACCGGCCUCAGCGGCCUGGACCCGGAGGAACGACUGGUUCGUCUGAGCCGGAACAUGUGCCUCCUGCUGACGGCCAUCCUCCACUUCAUCCACGGCAUGACCGACCCCGUCCUGAUGUCGCUCAGCGCCUCGCAUGUCCCCUCUUUCCGCCGCCACUUCCCCGUCCUGCUGGUGUCCCUGGCGCUCUUCACGCUGCCCGUGGUGCUCAGCUACGCCCUCUGGCACCACUACGCCCUCAACACCUGGCUCUUCGCGGUCACCGCCUUCUGCGUGGAGCUCUGCCUCAAGGUGGUGGUGUCGCUGACGGUCUACGGCCUCUUCAUGGUCGACGGCUUCUCCAACGUGCUGUGGGAGAAGCUGGACGACUACGUCUACUACGUGCGCUCCACGGGCAACAUCGUUGAGUUCCUGUUCGGCGUCAUCAUGUUCGGCAACGGCGCCUACACCAUGAUGUUCGAGUCGGGCAGCAAGAUCCGCGCCUGCAUGAUGUGCCUGCACGCCUACUUCAACAUCUACCUGCAGGCCAAGAACGGCUGGAAGACCUUCAUCAACCGCCGCACAGCCGUCAAGAAGAUCAACUCGCUGCCGGAGAUGCGCGGCGACCAACUGCGGGACAUCGAGGACGUGUGCGCCAUCUGCUACCAGGAGUUCGCCACCUCGGCGCGCAUCACGCCGUGCCACCACUACUUCCACGCGCUGUGCCUGAGGAAGUGGCUCUACAUCCAGGACACGUGCCCCAUGUGCCACCAGAGAGUUUAUGUCGAGGAGGAGAGCCGCGACAGGGCCGCCUUCUCCAACAACAACGGGGCGUACGCAGCGCCGCAGGACGCCGCUGCCGCAGCCCCGCUGGCGCCGGGGGACAACCAGCCGCCCGCCGAGCCGCCGGCCGAGGGAGCGGAGGCGGCGGCGGGAGGUGCGGCGGCGGAGCUGGACGACGAGCUGCUGGAGGACAACGACAGCAUAGAGUACGACGAAGACGAGUGGGGGACUCUGAACGGCAGCACGCCGAUAGAGGAAGACUAUAUCAACGACGACACAGACUCCACCGAGGACUGAGGAGGAAAGAUCUAUAAGAGAAAAUGUCUUUAUUAUAUUUAAGUUAAAAAAAUUAUUAUAAAACAAAUUAAUUUCUUCUGGAAAAAAAACGUCAGGGAUGUCACGUCUGUUUCUUCUCGUUAGUUUUACAAUCAUUUGAUUUUUGGGUUUUAACUACAAGGGCUCGUGGAGAGAGCAACUGCUGCUCACGCUGUGUGUGUGUGUGUGUGUGUGUGUGUGUGUGUGUGUGUGUGUGUGUGUGUGUGUGUGUGUGUGUGUGUGUGUGUGUGUGUGUGUGUGUGUGUGUGUGUGUGUGUGUGUGUGUGUGUGUGUGUGUGUGUGUGUGUGUGUGUGUGUGUGUGUGUGUGUGUGUGUGUGUGUGUGUGUGUGGGCUACUGAAGUUAUGUCGUUCUUCAUCUUUUUUUGUCCUCUCUCCUCAAAGUAUUGGAGAUCCUGACACAAAUCUUUUUCUUGUCGAUGCCUCAAACCUCUGAUCCUCAUCAGCAAUUUUAAAAUAUCAGAUUUUUCCUGCAGCCCGGAGAUUCUGCUCUGCAACGACGACGAUGACGACGCCGGUUACAUCACCACUUUGUCACGUGUGCAGCCCUGAUGUGUGUUUGUGCGUAGAUCGUGUGCCGACGUAUAAAUAAGCUCGAGGCGACGUCUUAAAGACGCAGUUCGUGUGUUUCUCCCCGGCGGUUUGUCGUCGUCGUCGUCGUGGGAAACGAGGCAGUGGGUCGGUUCUUCGUUAAACGACAAAACUGCGCCGGGGGGGACACUUUUAAAAACAAGUCCAAGCUUGAAUCAAUCUGCAAGUCGGGAAACCACUUUCUCCAAAGAUGCGUUCACACCAAAACGCUGAGCGAAUGUUUCCGCCGGAGGAUCGUUUGUACGUAUUUGCAUCGUUAGCGCAAAUAAACACAAAACCCCCAAAAAGAUGGACGACAGCGACGUAGGGAGGAUCUCAACGCUUUAGUUGGCUUCCCUGUCAACGCAUCACACGAAUAUUUUUCCUCAAGUUCUAAUAUUUCAACUCAAGCUGAUGGACAAAACAUUUUUGGCGUUGGGGCCAUUUGCGUUGACUGGCGCGGAAUGCGUGUCUACUCUCGUCGUUGCAUUGUGCGUAAUUUCAAAGCGGGAAAAAUUUGAGUCCUGUAUUAUUAUUUUUUUGCUUAAUUCUGUUAACUAACAAACCAACGCAGAUGACAACACCACCUCCGAUAAGUUGCAGGAGUUACCUCCACACUUUAACUAACCCCGUCCCCCACUGCUGUCGAACUCCGCCCAAUCACAGCUCAGGUUUCACAGAAACACCUGCUCGCCGUUUUUUUUCUUUCUUUGUCCUAAAAACGAACUCGAAGAUUAAAAACCCCAGAGGUGUCGGAUUGAAAAAAAGUUGUCUUGACUACUGUAAUCUCUGAUAUACCUCUGUCGUUACUACUGGUCCCUUGUGUGACCUCGCUUACAUUUGUGUACGUUGUUGUACAUGUGAUAAAUCAAGACACACUUUCUCAACAUAGGAAAACAAAUCAGAUUUUUGAUUGUUAAAUUAUUAUUUCCAGAUUAAUGUCACAAAAAUAUUAAGUCUCCGAUUCCGCCAGUUGCUAUAAAAAUAAAUGAAGCUAAAAUAUUUUGGCGCCGCCAUCUUGUGACGAGUCUGUGCAGUUCGAGCAAAUUCACACGAAUUUCACGACUUUGCGUAAUUCGUGUCACAUCAUUGGCAACUUUGCAUUGACUUUGUUUAUUAACGUCUGCUUUGAUUUUAAAAAAUGUUUUGGUCCGUGUCCCAUCAAGCUAACGUGGAAGGGGGCGGGGCUUAUGAGCUUUACUGCCGCCAGCCACCAGGGUGCGAUCCAGCUGAUUUGGCCUCACUUUGUGGGAGUCGUCAUGUCGUCCAUCUUUUUAAUUACAGUCGACGUUUUAGACCCAGACAAUUGUCGGGUUCAAUGAAUAUUUCUAUUUAUUCAACGACGACUGCACCUUUUGUCGAAGCUUCAUCUGUUUGUAUCCACUAGAGCCUGAUUGAUAUGGAUUUUUGGGGGCCGAUAUCCAUAUCUGGGAAUACAAGAUUCACGAUACCGAUACAGCGGCCGAUAUAUACGAGCUUUAUCAUAAAUAACUAUACAUUUGAAAAUACAAAUACAUAGAACUUAUGACAAACGUUUGUUUUACAAGAAAAUGUGAAAACAUAAAUGCCCAUUUUAAAGGCUCAAAUCAGUUGGCCGAUAAGCAUCCUGAGACGAGAAACGUUCAAUUCGUUGAAAACAUUUUCCAGGCUUUGACAUGUUGAAAUAGCGAAAAGAAAAGGCUGAAGAAGCUGCUGAAAAGUCCGGAGACAUGUUGUUGAAGUACGACCACGAGCGACUGUUUGUGAAGUUGCAGAGACAUUUCAUUUCACACAGUCGGGGAUAUUUGUUGUUGUGACCCAGAGAACACUGAUCCAAAAUCUUUUUAAACUACUGGCACCACACGCGCACACACACACGCACACACACCGCUCAGCGACCCAGAGAUCUUCAUCGUGACGUCGUGUUGAAAGCUUUUUGAAGCACAGACUCUUUGGAGUAUAACACUGUUUAGACUCUCAGCCUGAACGUCUUUUAACGGGUUUGACCGCAAACUCCCUGUUCAUUACUGUUGUAAUUACAAUAAGCUGCGAGGAACGCAUUAUGUUUAAUGAGGAAGAGCAGGCGGUCUAAUGACGAGGACGAUGAUUGGAAAGCUGUGCUUUUUGGCAUGUCAGCGAUGAUGAAGGAUUAUCAGGUUGAUUGUUGUUCUGAAAGCUUUUUAAAAAAGGUAAAAAGCUGUUCAUUUUUGCCUUUUGUUUUAAAAGGAGAUUUAUGUAAAUAAAAUCAUCUUUGAUAAUUGA